UGAAUAUUCGGAUUGUACCGUUAUUUUAAUCCGUAUUUCUACAUCACUAAUGCAAAUGUCAUGUUAUUGUUUUUGUGGUUAUUAUUUUCAAAUGUCUAACUAAUAAAUAAAAUAUUUUCCAGUUGAUGGAUUUCUCGAAUACGAAUAAUUUCGUUGGCGAAAAUGCCAUGGAUGUGGAUAAUGCCUCAAAUACUGAACAACGAAGAGAAACCGAACAGAAUAACGACGGAUAUGACAUUGUAGUAGUUUCAAGCCUAGGCUUACACGUGGAGGGCCCCAUUCCAUUCAUAAACCCCGAAAUUCCAGCUGAACAGCAUGCCAUAGUUCAAAUUGAGUCUAAUGAUGUCGAGUCCAAUAAUGGUGCUGCGCGUGUGUCUCCAGCAGUAUCUGUGGCAAGUAGCAGGGCCCCAUCGCCUACUGACUUACAAGAUGAAAUCAGUCAUGAUGCUGUGGACUCUGAGGCUAAGGGGGACUCAAAGAAGAGGUCACUGAGUGAAGAUGAAGAUGAUGGAACAUUAUGUCCCAUUUGCCUUGACAACUGGACCAAUACAGGUGAUCACAGGAUAUGUUCACUCAAAUGCGGACACCUGUUUGGCUACAAGUGUGUUACACGGUGGUUGAACAGCCAGCCUAAGAAAUCCUGCCCUACAUGUAAGAAGAAAGUAAAUCGGUCUGAUCUCAGGUAUAUCUAUGCCAAAAAACUCAUAGCAGUAGAUGCUACAGAAGUAGAGAAGUUAAAAUCAGAGUUGAACAAAGUAUUAGAAGAGAAGAAUAAAAUUCUCAUUGAUAUGUCAAAGUCUGCCUGUAGGGAACAAAUGUUAUUACAAGAAAUUAUGAAUCUAAAACAACAAAUCAAUUUAUUGAGUAAUAGUGUACCUGACCAAAGACUGCAGUCUGGUAGUGUUAACAAUCCAAGUUCAAAUGUUGUUAGGUUAUAUAUGGAUAAGUCAUUAGAACUCUGCAGGCAGAGUGGCUGUAGAGUAUUUGAUACAAAGCAGUCUCAAGAUAUGAUAAUGGCAUCAAUGAGAACACCCAAUGCGCUGUUUCCAGGAUAUGGCAUCCGUAAAAUCAACAUAUCUCAGUACAAAACAUUAUCUUUCAUGCAUUUACAUCAGCUUCAAAUUCGAGAUAUGGCUUUCCACCCCUUUCACAACUGGAUACUGACAGCUUCAAUGGAUAAAUCUUUCAAAGUCGUUGACACUGUUAGUAAUAAUGUUACGUAUACAACUAUGCAACAGAUGCCACUGUGGUCUUGUUGCUGGGAUGCCACCAAUCAGUAUCAUCUUUAUGUUGGAACUCAGUCUGGAUCUGUAGCUAAAUAUGAUGUACGCACAGUGAACGAGCCUGUAGCAACAUUGGCGGUAGCUGGUGAUAUGUCACCAGUUGUUUCUGUAGCCUCAAUUCCUUCACAGCCGGGCAGUGAUCUACAAAAUGGUGGUAUAGUCUCUUGCAAACUCAAUUCACUCUGGGUUUUUGAAAACUGUGCUGGAGACUAUGUGCAGCAUCCCCUAACGAGACUAGAGGGACCUUUUGUUAGUAUGAAAUACCAAGAUAACACUAGGCAACUGCUAGUUUCAUCUAGACCAAAUAAUAGGAUCUCAUAUUCUCGUCAUACGCUUUGUACUUUAGAAAAAAUCAAUGACUCAGUUACUUGCAAUGUAAGUCAUGGUUUUCAAGGUGGCGGGAUGCAAAAACUGUUGUCGAAAUCUUGUUUUGUCACAGACAGGCAAGACUAUGUAGCUGCGCAUCAAGAGUGUACGAAAAGCGUGCAUUUAUGGAGUAUAAAUACUGGUCAAAGAGUUGCCUCUGUGCCUGCUCAUGAUGCAGUUUUAGAUUUGAAAGGAUUACAAACGCCUAGUGGAAAUUUCCUCCUGUCUUUGACUGAGAAGAAAAUGGAGUUUUUCAAAUUUCUCUAAAUGACAAUAUUUUUGUAAUACUCCAGUGAGUUUAAAUCCAUAGCACAGCUUAGAUAACGAUCAGCUAUGUAACUCCUGUUAGUGUCAAAUACGGACGCCAUUUCGACGGAGAAAACCGCAUGUGAAUCCCCCUAGUACAACGAUGAAAGAGGUUUUAGCGUUCAGCAGCAUCCAGUGUUGCCACGUUUCAUGCCAGCGGAUAUUCUUUGAAAUCGUAAAAUGAUAGUAUCUCUAUAUGAUGUAGUGUAGUUUAUGUGAAUCAAUAAUAAAAAGGACUAUGUUGGUCCAAAAAGAAGCGACGGGUGUUUAUUUGUUUAUGAAAUGAAUUUGUAAUGCUGGAAGUAUUUACAAUGUGAGCAGUUUUGAAAACACCAGACAAAUACAACAUUCACUCAAUCACAAAAAAGUCGUCGUAGAAAAACGAGAGCUAUGAACAUUUAAAUGAGAGAUUUAAGAAACAUUGUUCAUCAGUAAAACUAAACCAUUUUGCACGAACAUUUUUUAUUUUUCGCCCAACCUAAAUCACCUAGUGGAGAGCGGCGUAUUUUUCAGUUGGCUUUUCUGUGUAUUUAAAAUAUGGGAAGUACCGAUCGCUUACGUAUUAAGAACUCGCCCUGUAUUAGAAGCAUCCUAGCUGAGGAGUCGUCAGAAGUGUCAGAUUUAAUUGCGGUGUAUCAACAGUGUUUACAUUAAAAAUGGAAUGGAUCGAGAAUAUCGCAGCAGCAAAGAAUGCAUUUCAAAAGUAAAUAUUUUAUCAUUUAUUGUAAAUACUUCCAUCAAUAUGAAUUUAUUUUAAAACAAAAACUACAACAGAUCAUGUCGCAAUAGUAUAAUUUUUUCGAUUGCAAAUAAUAUCUGCGGCUCUGGCAGGGUACGUGGCAACACUGGCUGCUGCUGAGCACUGAAGUCUUUCAUCAAAAGUACUGGUGGAAUUUACAUUCGACUUUCUUCGCCGAAAUGGGGCUUGUUUUAACAGUGAUAGGAAAUCUUUAUAGCUGAUUGUUAUCUAAGCUGUGUCCAUAGUAGUAUUAUGUAUCUUUUUACUCAGCUAGAACUACAACUUGAAGCUGGCUGUCAUAUGAACUGUCAAAAAACAUAGUUGUAGCCAGCUACAAAGGUAUAUAAUACCUCUGGAGAUUUGAGCUUACAAAUUGGUAAUUAUGGAAUUGCUAUUUUUCCCUCUAAAUGUCAUGCAGAGUGUUUCUCAGAUUUUUUCAAUCUUGGUGUAUAGCUAGAAGAAUACAUAUAAGAAAAUGGACACUUGAAAAUGUGAUUCUUACUUUAUAUUUCAUUAAAAAUCUAGUGUAGGAGGCAUAACUUGUAAUGUGCACAACUAUGAAGCACAUUGAUCAUAUAAUAAUGAUUUGUUUUAUAUUUUACUACCCAUAUUAUGGUAAAGUUAUGCGCCCUAGCACUAUUGAAGUACUGAAACACUUUAUUUGAAUUCAUUGUUAGUUUUAAGUUUUUGUAGCAUCAGAAAAAAACUCUUUUAAGUUUAAGGUGCCAUGCGGAAAUUGCAGAAAUCUUAAUCAGGAAUUUUUAAACACUGAAUGUUCUACCUCAAAGCAUGUUUAGUUUUAGUUAGUUGAUGCAUCACAUAUCUACAUGUGUUCCUCUUUAAGUCUUAUACAUUUUGACGUGACUAUUUUCUGUAUAACUUUUAAACUUCAUAAUAGUGAUCCUAAAUGUCUUUGUGAUUCCUUAAUAUCUCAUCAAUUGUUAAGUACAAUACAGCAAUGCUAAUAAUUUUGGGUUGCUGUGCUAAACUAAAUAUUCAAAUAUAAAAGAAAUUAUUCAGCGUUAUCUUAUUCUAAUCGGAGUGUUGAUACGAAAAUUUUAGUACAAAUCUCCAAAAUAUUUGCCACCUUGAAAAUUAUGCAUUUUUCUUAAUAACACAUUUUUCAAGUACUCUUAGAAUAUCG